GCUGCAGGCCCGCCACGCCGGAGCUCCCUGCAUCAGCGCCGCGGGGGUCUGUGAAUGGUCGGGUUCCACGACACCUGAAUCUUGAGUCUGCUCCACGAACGCUUCGGGGGCGGCCAUCUCACGUACAGCUGUGCCGGUGCCAAUCUCAGCGGCCGACAGUCUCUCCAAACAGCGGCCCCGCAAGCAGUCGGCACAAUCACGAAUGCUCCGAAGUCGCUGAUAAGACGUCUUCCAGAGCAGCAGAAAGCUUGCAGCACCAACAAACAAACACCAUGGCAAACAUGACUUCGACUAUCGACUUCUGCACGCUGGGCAUGUUCAUCAUUGACGAGAUUGAGUUUGCCCCGCCAAAGCCCCCGGUCAAAGACAUUGUCGGUGGCGCCGGCUCCUACUCUGCACUCGGCGCCCGUAUCUUCUCGCCGCCCCCGCAGUCGAGAAGCGUUGGCUGGAUCGUAGACUGCGGGUCCGACUUCCCUGCUGAGCUGCGAGACUACAUUGCGUCAUGGGAGAGCGGUGCGCUGGUCCGUGAGACACCUGACCGACUGACCACUCGCGGGUGGAACGGGUACGGAGACAACGAGCACAGGGCAUUCCGGUACUUGACUCCGAAGCUUCGCGUCACUCACGAAGACGUCAAGGAUACGGACCUGUUGUGGGCCAAGUCGUUCCACCUGAUUUGCUCCCCUGCGAGGUGCAUAGAGCUCGUCAAGAAUAUCCUGGAACUGCGUGUCGUAGCUUCUCCCACGACCGAGCGCCCGCAAUUCAUCUGGGAGCCGGUGCCAGAUCUUUGCACGCCUGGAGAGUUUGAGAACUGCCUGGAGGCACUCAAGCACGUGGAUGUCGUGAGCCCCAACCAUGGUGAGCUCGGCGGCUUCUUCGGCGAAUCGACCGACGCAGAGCAACAUGUCAACUUUCGCCUCAUCGAGUCACUCUGUGAGCAGUGGCUGGACAGUGGGAUAGGGCCCAAUGGCAGCGGCGGCAUUGUGUUGAGGAGCGGGAAAGACGGGUGUCUGGUGGCGCGUCGCGGCUCGCAGAAGUGGCUGCCUGCGUACCACCAGAACAGCGAGAAGGUGGUGGACCCUACUGGCGGCGGCAAUGGCUUCUUGGGCGGGUUAGCAGUCGGGUUAGUUCGCAAUGGCGGCGUUGCGGAGCUCGAGGAGGCUGCGGCGUGGGGCGCGGUAUCAGCAAGCCUUGCAAUUGAGCAGGUGGGCAUGCCGGUGCUGGCACACAGCGCGCAGGGCGAGACGUGGAACGGGAUUCGGGUCGAGGAAAGACUCGCAGAGUUCAAACAGAGGCUUGGUAGAUAUGUACAGCCGUAAUGCGCAUUGGUUGUGUGGUAUGGCGGAAAUGUGGUUAUGGUGGUUGUGUUAUGGUGGUGAUGUGGUUAUGUGGUUAUGUGGUUAUGUGGUAUGGUGGUUA